GGAGUUGGAAACGUCAAAUCCUAUCCUACCUAUUUAAGCAAUUCUGGUUUUUUUGUUUGUUUGUUUUUUGGUAGAACUGUAACAACGCAGGCCUCUGUUCCUUUCAACUUAAUUGGAAAUUUUUUGUUCCUGCUGCCUCCCAAUAAAUUUCUUUUUCCUGUCCUGUUAUAGUGAUGCAUUUUUGAUGUAUUGUUGGGUGACGCUGCCUUCUUGCAGUAUCAUCCCCUUUCACAUCUGGCAAAUGAAAAUGAGAUCUGGAGAGGUCCUUAUAGACUGCUUAGAUUACGUUGAAGAUACCAAAGGAAACAAUGGAGACAGAGGUAGACUCCUUGUGACAAAUCUACGCAUUAUUUGGCACUCCUUAUCAUUGCCUAGAGUCAAUCUCUCUGUUGGUUACAACUGCAUUAUAAAUAUAACUACAAGAACUGCCAACUCAAAAUUACGAGGACAGACCGAAGCUCUGUAUAUCUUGACAAAGUGUAACAAUACACGUUUUGAGUUCAUAUUUACCAAUGUUGUUCCUGGAAGUCCUAGGCUCUUCACUUCCGUUAUUGCUGUGCACAGAGCUUAUGAAACUUCUAAAAUGUAUCGUGACCUGAAGCUUAGAAGUGCGUUGAUUCAGAACAAGCAACUGAGACUACUGCCACAAGAACAAAUAUAUAAUAAAAUCAAUGGAGUAUGGAAUUUAUCAAGUGACCAGGGAAAUUUGGGAACAUUUUUUAUUACUAACGUGAGAAUAGUGUGGCAUGCAAAUAUGAAUGAUAGUUUUAACGUCAGCAUACCAUAUCUGCAAAUUCGUUCAAUAAAAAUACGGGACUCAAAAUUUGGCUUGGCAAUGGUGAUAGAGAGUUCUCAGCAGAGUGGAGGAUAUGUACUUGGUUUUAAAAUAGACCCUGUGGAGAAACUACAGGAAGCAGUGAAAGAAAUUAAUUCACUUCACAGAGUUUAUUCAGCUAACCCUAUUUUUGGAGUGGAUUAUGAAAUGGAAGAAAAGCCUCAACCUCUUGAAGACCUAACAGUAGAGCAGGUUCAAGAUGAUGUGGAAAUAGAAUCUGAUGAACAGACAGAUGCUUUUGUGGCUUAUUUUGCUGAUGGUAACAAGCAACAUGAUGGGGAACCUGUGUUUUCAGAAGAACUGGGACUUGCGAUAGAGAAACUGAAGGAUGGAUUCACGCUCCAGGGACUCUGGGAAGUAAUAAGCUGAUUUAGAUUUUUCUGUUAUAUAUUGCCUAAGCAAUGAAAGAUUCACUGUUCUGACUUAUUUUGUCAGGUCUCUAGAAGAUUAUUAGGAAAAAAAAACAAGGGAAACAUGAGAAAAAAUAUACCAAAUUUAAAAAAUAGGCAAAUAUUGUACAGUGUAUAGUCAGCAUGUGUCAUUAAAAUAUCACUCAAAACCUGUGUAUGUAUAAAAGGUUUGUAUUAUAGUGUUUCUAUUAGAAUGUUAUUUAUUUUCAUUUAUUUAUAUGCAGCACUGUACUCUUUUGUAAUGCUUAUAUCUAAAUAGCAUUUCUGUAACUUGUUUCAUACUAUGCAACAGAGAAAUAUAACACACAGAAUACUUUGUACCUAGGCAUCUGAGUUGUAUCAUUGUAGCAGAGUUCUAGUACUGAAAACUUUUUGAUAAAACACUGUAUCAGUACAAAUACUAGUUUUAAUAUCUAUUAAUUUUGUGAAGUGUUUAUUACAUAACAAUGGAAGUACUUUAUUUUGAUCUAAACAUUCCUAUGCAUUUUUUUGCUGUUCUGUUUUUUUGGCACAUUUUUCUAAUCCUUUAAAAAAAAAAACGCACACGCAUAAAUAGCUUCUGCAUUUGACUCAUUAGACCUUUAUAUUGUUCUGUGUUAGAGAGAAAUGAGUCAUUAUUGUUUAAAGGAAGAUGCAGCUGUUAGGAUUUCUAGUGAGACCUCUGCACUAUUUUCUGUAUGUGGAAAAAGUCAAAUGAGCAAUCCUCUCAGCUGUUGUUUUAGCAGCUGACUGUGCUAGUAAAGUCAUUGUGAUGUGGAUAUCGGUAUUUGUUGGAAAUCUUUCAAAAUGUAUGUUUUAAUUAAAUUCUAUCUGUACUGAAAAGCUAGGAGAAAGGUAGAAUAAAUUCUCAGAAAAUUUUAGUAAUAUUAUACCUUGUUGAAGAUUCUGUUUGCAUUACAUUCAAAGAAAAUUUUAUCAUAUACUGUGUAUGGACAAAAUGCAGUUCAUGAAAGCACACAUUUUAAACAACUUCAAAUUUAUUUUGCUUCUAUAUUACCAUUUUUUU